AUUGGAAUACAAUAAUACCUGAGCUCAGAAUCUCUGUGCGCAUUGCGUUUUACAGCCAGAAUGUCACUUUUUUGUAUCUGUCUACCGACUUCAGAGAAGUAGCGGCUAUUUUUUGCCUCGUUUAAAUAGCCCGUCGGACCGGUAAUGUUUCUGUUUACACGCUGCUGACGCACGUUGCCUCAACUUUUUGUGUUGACGGAAACUUGCUCCGCGUUGCCGUCAGUGUAUUUCAAAAGGGUUCAGAGCGUGCUGCAUGUGUGGCGAAUUGUUUUAUUUUCUUGGUGUGGAUGAAUGAAAUGGGAUUUGCCGGUACCAGAGAAGUGUCGUGGGACUCGGUUGCAGCUGGACUGUCCACUUCUUGAACCUGCUCUGGAUACUUGGAACACGUUUAUUUGGCUCCAUGGAGUCUGUUGGGAAGUUUGAGUUCAACAGGAAAGACCUGAUUGGUCACGGAGCCUUCGCUGUUGUGUUCAAAGGCAGACAUAAGGAGAAACGUGACUGGGAAGUUGCUGUGAAGUGUAUCAACAAGAAAAACAUUGCCAAGUCUCAGGCUUUGCUUGGUAAAGAAAUCAAAAUCCUGAAGGAGCUGAAACAUGAGAAUAUCGUUAGACUACUUGACUAUCAGGAAAUGGGAGGAUGCAUAUAUCUUGUCAUGGAGUAUUGCAACGGAGGUGACCUAGCAGAGUACCUCCACUGUAAGGGCACCCUGAGUGAGGACACCAUCCGUGUGUUCCUGCAGCAGAUUGCUCAGGCCAUGAAGGUCCUGCAGAGCAAAGGCAUCCUCCAUCGAGACCUCAAACCCCAAAACAUCUUACUGUGCCACCCCGAGGGACGUCGGUCCAGCUCCAUUAAUGCCAGCAUCAAAAUAGCUGACUUUGGGUUUGCCCGUCACCUGCAGACGAACGCCAUGGCAGCCACCCUGUGUGGCUCUCCCAUGUACAUGGCGCCUGAGGUCAUCAUGUCCCAGAAUUACGACGCCAAGGCUGAUCUCUGGAGCAUAGGAACCAUUGUGUACCAGUGCCUGACUGGAAAAGCACCAUUUCAUGCCAGUACGCCGCAGGAGCUCCGUCUCUUCUAUGAGAGCAACAGGAACCUGUUACCCAGCGUCCCAAAAGAGACCUCCAGCCACCUGAGACACCUGUUACUGGGGUUACUGCAGAGAAACCACAAAGAGCGAAUGAGCUUCGAUGAGUUCUUCCACCAUCCUUUCUUGGAGUCCAGCACACCACCAAAGAAAUGCUCGCCAGCUGUCGUGGUCUCCUACCCCAGCUCAGGUUCAGGCAGCUCCUCCAGCAGCUCCUCUGCUUCCCAGCUGGCCUCGCCUCAACAUUCCGAUGGAGAGAUGCAUCAACUUCAGCCCGGGAUGCGUUGCUCCCCAACACAAGACAACCUGGGCCUCCAGCUGAGAGAGACAGCCACUCAGCAGACUCAAAAUGGCACGUCUUACACAGAAGACUAUGUGAUGGUGCCUGCCCAGUUUCCCGGUGACUACACCUGUGAGGUGGAGGCUGAAUUGCCCAUUCCCAGCUGCCUCACACACAGUUUGAGCUCAGUGCUGGCCGAGAGAAAUCCUGGUGCUCCAGGAAGGACGCCUCCGCCAUCUCCCCUGUCGUAUUCUCCCCAAAAGCCUGUUAGACGCCACUCGGUCGCCAUUCCCGUGCCAACUCAGAUCCAGAACUUCCAGCGUAUGGAACAGAACCUGCAGCCUGUCGGCCUGCACGGCUCCACCAGGGUCACACUAUGCUGUGGGGGCAGCAGCAGGGAAAGCUCCCCACAGUGUGGCACCGGCUUUGCCUUUAACUCUCCAAAGCUGGCAGCUGGAGGAGCUCAACCACAGCAGCACUCCCCAAAAGUGGGACUGACUCCGAAGACUUCAAAGCAGACCCUGCUCACAGGCUCUCCCGAUGAGGGACUGACUUCCAGCCCUAAGCAGCAGGUUCAACCUAAAAUGCCAAACCGAACCAGGACUGUGCCAAACCUGCAGUCCCUUGACCCGUCUCCUCCUUCAAAGGCCAACAUGAGCCGGAAAUCAGACAAUAAAAAGGGCCCUUUUAAAAGAUCGCUCAGCACGGGGAAGUUGUCGGACAUGCUGCUGAAGGCGGCUUUUGGAACGCAGCUUCUUGCUGGGGGAAGUGACGAGAACCUCAACAGUGAGAAAGGCAUCGAUAUAGCAGUGCCACCUGCUGGUUGCCACGUAGUCUUUCAGUGCUCAGACAGUCCACCCCCUGCUGUCUUUAUGAUGGGCUCUCCAUCCAGUGGAAACAUUUCUCCUGACACUAUAGCAUCCAGGGCAUUCUCAGGCUCCCCCAGCUACACUAACUCAGCCUGGCUGCUGAACAGUCGCCCUCUGCAAAGAGGAAGACGUAGACACAGCGAGACUGACGCCAUGGAGGUUGUCUCACACGGCAGUUUCAUUUUUCACCCUCCAGCACUCGCUGAAGAUACACUGAUGGAGCAAACUCAUACAGAUGCUCUGAGCGACUUGCGUUUCACUUUGGCUUUCGUCCACUGUGUCAUGGAGCUGGCUUCAUCCAAGGAUCCAGGGCUGGAAGUCAUCAGCAGCCCUGAUGUUUCCUUUCUGGAGCGGAGCGUGGUGACAGACCAGAUCAGCCUUCUGAGUCGAGAAUGGAGGUAUGCAGAGCAGUUGGUGUUGUACAUGAAAGCUGAAGAGUUUCUCUCAGCUGCGUUGCGCAACGCUAAGGAAAAUAUCAAACAGGGCCAACUCGUUCCUUCUGCUACAGUCAAACAAGUGAUCAGGAAACUCAAUGAAUUGUACAAGAGCUGCGUGACAUACUGCCGCUCCCUCAACAACCGUCUUCAGGCCUUCUUACUUGACAAACAGAAACUAAUUGACCACUUCAACGAACUCACAGCAGAGAAGCUCAUCUACAGUCACACUGUGCACAUGGUGCAGUCUGCAGCUUUAGAUGAAAUGUUUCACUGCGGGACAACAUCGGUGCAGCGCUAUCAUAAAGCCCUUCUGCUGAUGGAGGGUCUGUCCAGGAACCUGACAGAGGAAAACGACAUUGAAAACAUAGAUAAAUGUAAGCAGUGUAUUGAGCGACGCCUCUCAGCGCUGGAGACAUAAACUGUAUCAAUGAACUCCAUGACGGUGUCCACAAAGACUGUCCUGUCUCAUCCAUCUGGUCUCGAUGCUGAUGGAUUGUUUGACACUGUCGGUACACAUGCACUUUGACCUCUCCUGAGUGAAACGACCACUGGAGCAUCUGCUCUUUCCCCACCACUGAGCCUGGUAUCUCGAUUGAAAUGCACAUAGAAGACCGGACGUCUUGUUUGAGAUAGUGUUAUGAUUGUUUGAAUCCCGAGAUCAGGUUAGCUGUUCUCACUUUUGUUACAGACUGUUUGCGUUUGUUGGUUUUUGCACUGAGAAUAAUCAGAUAAAUUAUUAACUGAUUUAAAAAAAAAAUGUUAUACUUGAAACAAAAAGUGGUUCUUUUGUUUGCAGUCGUUGUACCAUGAGUCCUGUAAGCGCUCACUGGCGAACAGGAGUCUGAAUAUUUUGGAUGAGAUGACCAAAUAUUGCUGAUAUGUAGCGAUUCUAGUCAAACAGUGCCUUUUUUUUGUACAUUUGUAAUUGAGUUGUGGAUGUAUAGCUGAUGACUGUUUUGACCUCAUACUGGAUGAUUACUUUAUGACUGCUGGUCUUAUGAUCUAACAGAUGUACACUGUAAAGUGCAAUAUAUAUGUACUGACAAUUGAAUGAGAGUUUAAGUUUGAAGCUAAAUGGCUACCCGUAAUGCGGUAACAUCAGAAAGCGCUGUAUGUGACUUUGAGUGACAUUGUUUGCAUGCUGCAUUGCUUCUGUUUUGUUUUGUUUUUUUUCUAUGUGUGAAAAUGAUGGUUUUCUAAGCAAUUGCUGCUUUGACUAUAGGGAUUUGCAUUGAUGUAACAAGUGGUGAUCUUCACAUGAAUUUGUACAUAAUUGUACCUGACAGGAAAACUAGGCAAUUACAGUUGAUAUACUCCAAUAUAAUGCAGAAAUAUUGGAGGGUUUUUUUUGGAAUGUAUUCAAUUUUAUUCUGUAUUUUUAAGACCGUCACUUGAAUUUGUCAUGAGUUGUUACAUGUUGU